UCCUCUGGCAGCGAAAGAAGCAGCUGCUGAGCCAAGGCUGGUUUUCGGGAAGUCAGCUGACCUUUCCCCUCUCCGGCUCACUGCUCUGCUGCCGGAGGUGGACACCAUGGGCUCACUCAGGGCUCUGCUCUGUCUGCUGCCCCUGUACCCGGGCUUGGCUGCAGCUGCACCCUCCUGCCCUCAGAACGUGGAAAUCUCCGGGGGCAAUUUCACCCUCAGCCACGGCUGGGCCCCUGGGAGUGUCCUCGUGUACUCCUGCCCCCUGGGCCGGUACCCAGUCCCCACAUCCAGGCUGUGCCUGAGCAGCGGACGCUGGCAGACCCCGAGAUCCAGCCCGGUGGCAAAGGCGGUCUGCAAACCUGUUCGCUGUCCCGCCCCGGUGGCCUUCGAGAAUGGCAUGUACACCCCGCGGCUGGGGUCCCACCCCGUGGGCGGCAACCUGAGCUUCCAGUGUGAGGACGGCUUCGUGCUGCGGGGCUCGCCCGUGCGGCAGUGUCGCCCCAACGGCAUGUGGGACGGGGAGACGGCCAUGUGUGACAAUGGCGCCGGCCACUGCCCCAGCCCAGGCAUCCCCGUGGGCUCGGUGCGGACGGGGUCCCGAUUUGGCCUUGGGGACAAGGUCAACUACCGCUGCUCCUCGAAUCUGGUGCUGACGGGGUCGGCAGAGCGGGAGUGCCAGGACAGCGGGGUCUGGAGCGGGACCGAGCCCAUCUGCCGCCAGCCCUACUCGUACGACUUUCCUGAGGACGUGGCCCCUGCGCUGGGCACCUCCUUGUCCCACCUGCUUGGAUCCACCAAUCCCACCCAGAAGAAGAAGGAAAGCGUGGGCCGAAAAAUCCAAAUCCAGCGAUCUGGUCACCUGAACCUCUACCUGCUCCUGGACGCCUCUCAGAGCGUGAAGGAGGAAGACUUCAGGAUCUUCAAGGAGAGCGCCAUCCUCAUGGUGGACAGGAUCUUCAGCUUUGAGAUCAAUGUGAGUGUCGCCAUCAUCACCUUUGCGUCAAAGCCCAAAAUCAUCAUGUCUGUCCUGGAUGACAAUUCCCGUGACGGGACUGAAGUGAUCUACCGUCUGGAAAACAUCAACUAUAGAGACCAUGAAAAUGGAACCGGGACCAACAUCUAUAAGGCACUACACAGUGUUUACAUCAUGAUGAAUAACCAAAUGCAACGCCUGGGCAUGAGCACCUCGGCCUGGAAGGAAAUCCGGCACGCCAUCAUCCUUCUCACAGACGGAAAGUCCAAUAUCGGGGGCUCUCCCAAGCCAGCUGUUGACAAUAUCAAAGAGGUCUUGAACAUCAACCAGAGGAGGAGCGACUACCUGGACAUCUAUGCCAUC